CGCGUAUGGAUUGAUAUGAUGAAGACUAUUCGAUCGCCUCAACUGGCACUGGCUGCGCACAAGUAUAUCAUGAACACGUUAUUCUGUGUUCUGGAGGCCGAUCAGCAGCUCGCUGGCGCCGAUCCCAGUCCAGCUCACGUUCACAUCCGAGACAGUGCCCUCUGA